CCGAGCUCAGCUUUGAGUUCAUGUUUUGUCUGCUUGAGCAUCCUGUACGUUCAUGGCGCAAGCUCGCGUUGACUACAGACAAAGCUAAGUUAACAGUCGCUACUGGUUGACAGCGCUAAUCUUAAAUUAAGCUAACAAAACAUACAACAUUAGUUAGUUGACCCCAGAGGUACGAGAGCCAGAGGGAUUUUUGAUAUAUGAUCCUCCAACAUAAUUACCAGUGUUUGUUUUGUUCCUCAUAUUUGCUGUUUUAGUGCGAACCCUGCCCCAGUUUGAGACAUGGAGGGUCAAAAUGAAACCAAAGUGGUCUUGCUGGCCUGCGGGUCAUUCAAUCCGAUCACCAACAUGCACCUGAGGAUGUUUGAACUGGCUCGAGACUAUCUGGAAGACACAGGUCAGUACAAGGUGGUGAAAGGCAUCAUAUCUCCAGUUGGUGAUGGCUAUAAAAAGAAAGGAUUGAUUGAGGCUUGCCACCGUCUGGAGAUGACCAGACUGGCCACAGAGAACUCGGACUGGAUCACAGUAGACUCCUGGGAGAGCUUGCAGCCGGAGUGGGUGGAGACAGCUAAAGUUGUUCGUCAUCACUAUAAUGAAGCACUAGCAGCAGAGCAGAACAAUGAUCAUGUGGACACGGUCAAGUACGCAAAAAAGAGACGUAUGGUGGAGGAGAGUUAUUUUGAGGAGUCAUCUCAUCACAAAAGGAGAGACAGCCCCCAGCUAAUGUUGCUAUGUGGGGCUGAUGUCCUGGAGUCCUUUGGGAUCCCCAACCUGUGGAAGCAGGAGGAUAUUGCUGAGAUUUUGGGCCACGGUUUGGUUUGCAUCACCCGCAGUGGCAACGACCCCCACAAGUUCAUCCACCAGUCGGACAUGCUGUGGGAGUAUCGCAAGAACAUCCACCUGGUCCACGAAUGGGUGACCAAUGACAUCUCAGCCACUCACGUGCGCCGGGCACUGCGUCGAGGCCGGACCGUCAGGUACCUGCUGCCGGACGGCGUGAUUCGUUACAUACAGGAGCACAGCCUCUACAGUGCUGAGAGCGAGAAGAAAAAUGCCGACGUGGUUCUAGAGCCUCUUCAGAGAAACUUGGGUGCCUCCUCGAGCUGAGAAAGUUUACUGCUACAGCUGCAGAAACAAAGUGCAAGCUGUCUACACUAAGUGCUGUGGGUUUACUGUGAAUUUAAAACACAUCAGACACAAUCUAGAGAGUUUAUUUAAACUUCCACCAGUGCCUGUUUAUAUGAAGUAGUAUUUUCCAAAAAACAGGUAUGUUUUUUUUAAGAAGAUAAACCUGCAUAGACUUUUCUGAGUGAAAUGAGUAACAGUUUCAUAUUAGGUUUUGUGUAUGUGUGUGGAAAAGUACACCUUUCAAAAACAAUAAAUGAGCAACAUUUCAAUUGUC